AUGGCCACUGACGUGAGAAUCGCUCAGGCAAUAGGGACACUUGGCUGCGCACUGGCAGCAAGCGGCAUUGCUACAUUGUCAAUAAUGAGCAUUCCCAAUAUCAUUAUUCCAGCUCGUCGUCCACCCGGAGCGACACUGCCAUUCCAGGAUACCCCAGAAACCCCGACCGCUCACUUGACACACCAGUGGUUGGAUCUGUAUACUCGUGGCAGCAAGAUUUUCCCCGGUAUAUCCGCAGUAUCUUCACUUGCAAACCUUUAUGCGCUCUGGACAUUGCAGAACUCUCCUACCCCUGGCCCGGAUAUUCUUGGUCUUGGGUCCAGCUGGUCCACAUGCUAUCUGCUUGCUGUUGGGGUUACGAUGAGCAUUGUACCUUUUACUCUUACGGCUAUGAAGAAGACGAAUGCCAAAUUGAAGGCUCAUGCAACACGUGGUGAUGCGGCCGACGCCGAGGGUUCUGAGAGCAUGGUGGUUAGUCCGCAGGAGAAGGCCAAGCAAGCCAGGGAGGAUAGCGAGGUGCUUGAACUUUUACAGCGUUGGUCGAAGUUGAACUUGAUCAGAGCUACGCUUCCACUUAUCGGGGCUGGUAUUGGGUUCUAUGCUGCGGUCUCCAGCUGGACAAUUCCUUAA